UUUAUGGAAUUCCUAUUCACUUCCUUGUAGUAUUCAGACCAUAGCCGAACAUCCAGAAGCGAAGUACUUUUCGCAGCUUGUAGUUAAUAAAUGUUAAUGUAGCAUCAAAAUUUAUAGCCGACAAUGAUUCCUUACACUGUCAACAUCAAACUCGCUGCUCGGACGCUGACUGGCACGCUUAAUUUGCAGAAUAAAACAGCCGUAGACUGGGGAUGGCAGGGGCUAAUAGCACAGGGAUGUCACUCAAGUAUUCUUAUAAUCGAUCCAAAGACUGCUCAGACCAUCCAGGUUCUGGAGAGGCACAAAGCAAAUGUUGUCAAGGUGAAAUGGUCAAGAGAAAAUUACUACCACAACUUGAGCUCUCCCUACUGCCUGCGGCUCGCCUCAGGAGACGCAUCUGGGAAGAUCAUAGUGUGGGACGUGGUCAGUGGGACAGCUCACUGUGAAAUCCAGGAGCAUUCCAAACCUAUACAGGAUUUGGAGUGGCUGUGGAAUCAGGAUGCGUCCCGUGACCUGCUAUUAGCCAUUCAUCCUCCUAACUACAUCGUUCUGUGGAAUGGAGACACAGGAACCAAGCUAUGGAAGAAGAGCUAUGCUGAGAAUAUCCUCUCCUUUUCCUUCGACCCCUUUGAUCCGUCCAACAUGGCAUUGCUGACCAGUGAAGGAAUCGUUUUCAUCACAGAUUUUUCCCAUUCCAAACCACCAAGCAGUGCUGGGAAAAAGGUGUACAUUGCCAGUCCUCAUGCAAGCCCAGCACACACCAAGCCUGCGCCCGCUGCUGCUCCUGCACCCACUGGUGCCAAGAAAGCCCUUAAUAAAGUGAAAGUGCUCAUCACCAAUGAAAAACCCACUGCAGAGGCCGUGACGCUGAACGACUGUCUGCAGCUGUCUUACCUGCCUUCCAAAAGGAACCACAUGCUGCUGCUUUAUCCCAGAGAGAUUUUAAUCCUGGACCUGGAGCUCAGCCAGACUGUGGGCGUGGUGGCUAUUGAGCGCUCAGGGGUCCCCUUUACCCAGGUAAUUCCAUGUGCUCAGCGCGACGCCCUCUACUGCCUGCAUGAGAAUGGUUGCAUCACUCUGCGGGUGUGCCGCUCAACAUCUGCACAAGAGGAAGCAGCAGACCCAGAACAGAGUAUCCAGGAGCUUGUUUAUGACUUGCGCUCCCAGUGUGAUGCCAUAAGAGUCACUAAGACGGUCCGGCCGUACAGGAUGGUUAUUUGCCCUGUAAACGAGAACAAAGCUGCCCUCAUGGUCAGCGAUGGAAGAGUCAUGCUCUGGGAGCUGAAAGCACACACUGGGCGGUCAGUUUCCAAUCCAAGUUCUGGUUUGUCGCCUCUCUACUCCCCCGUGUCGUUUUGUGGAGCUCCUUUGGGUCCAAACCAGAAAAGAAUCCAGGAUCUUUCUCUCAACAGCAUGAUCAACUUCUGUGUAAUUUAUCCAGGUCAGACACUGAUUGCUGGUGAGGCUCUUCCUCCAUCUUCUAACCAGCAGGAGGUCCAGCUGAAGUUCCUGCUCACCGGCCUCCUGUCUGGUCUGCCACUUCCUCCGUUUGCCAUCCGCAUGUGUCCACCUCUCACCACCAAGAACAUCAACCACUAUCAGCCUCUUCUGGCAGCAGGCACCAGCAAUGGGUCUGUACUGGUGUACAACCUGACCAGUGGUCUUCUGCACAAAGACCUCAGUGUACACUCUUGUGAAGUCAGGGGGCUCGAAUGGGUGAGUCUGACCAGCUUCCUGUCUUUUGCCACUUCUUCCCCCAACAACAUGGGCCUGGUGCGAAACGAGCUGCAGCAUGUUGACCUUCCUACUGGUCGAUGCUUUGCGUUCAGAGGUGAGCGAGGGAACGAUGAGCCGCCCAUCGAAAUGAUUAAAGUGUCUCAUCUCAAGCAGUACCUGGUGGUGGUGUUCAGAGACAAACCCUUGGAGCUGUGGGACAUCAGGACAGGGACACUUCUUCGAGAAAUGGCCAAGAACUUUCCCACUGUCACUGCGCUGGAAUGGUCUCCCUCCCACAACCUGAAGAGUCUGAAGAAAAAGCAGAUGGCAGCAAGGGAGGCCAUGGCCAGGCAGACCGUGUCAGAUGCAGAACAGAGCAGUGUUGAGUCCUCCGUCAUCAGUCUCCUGCAAGAUGCUGAGAGCAAAUCAGAGACCAGCCAGGCCAUCUCUGCCAGGGAGCACUUUGUGUUCACAGACACCGAUGGCCAGGUCUAUCACAUCACCGUGGAGGGCAACACGGUGAAAGACGGAGCACGGAUCCCUCCUGACGGUAGCAUGGGCAGCAUCGCCUGCAUUGCCUGGAAAGGUGACACCCUGGUGCUUGGAGAUGUGGAUGGCAACCUUAACUUCUGGGACCUAAAAGCUCGUUUGUCAAGGGGGAUACCGACACAUCGGGGCUGGGUGAAGAAGAUCCGCUUCGCUCCUGGGAAGGGGAACCAAAAGCUGCUGGUCAUGUACACAGAUGGAGCAGAAGUCUGGGACACCAAAGAUGUCCAAAUGGUCAGUAGUAUGAGGUUUGGACGCAAUGUGAACUACCGCAUCCUAGACAUCGACUGGUGCACAUCAGAUAAAGUUGUGUUGGCUUCGGACGAUGGCUGCAUCCGAGUGUUGGAGAUGGCCAUGAAGUCAGCCAGUUACCGCAUGGAUGAGCAGGACCUGACUGACCCGGUGUGGUGUCCUUACCUGCUGCUACCCCGGGCUGCCCUCACUCUUAAGGCUUUCCUUCUCCUGCAACCCUGGUCAGGGACCUUCACUAUGGACAUCACUCAGGUAGAUUACAGUGAAAAAGUGGAGAUUAAAGGACUAAUCCAGGAGCAGCUCAACUCACUGUCAAAUGAUAUGAAGAGCGUGCUUCAGGACUCAGAGCUGAGUCUUCUGCAGCGCUGCCUCCUGGUGUCACGGUUGUUCGGGGAUGAGUCCGACCUUAACUUCUGGACAGUGACGUCCCACUACCUGCAGCUGUUUGCCCAGGCUCGUCAGCUAAGCGUGACCUCUGAAGGGGGGAGCGACGAAACCCAGCCGCCGUCUCAGAACCACCUGGACAUUUGCCACGACAUUUUGUGUGAGAGUUCUUACUUCCAGAAGUUCCAGCUGGAUCGAGUUCACUUGCAGGAGGUGAAGAGGUCCAGUUAUGAACACACCAAGAAAUGUGCUGACCAACUCCUCCUGCUGGGUCAGACCGACCGGGCAGUGCAGUUACUGCUGGAGACGAGUGCAGAUAACCCCAGCUACUACUGCGAUUCACUCAAAGCCUGCCUAGUGACCACCAUCACCUCCUCGGGCCCUUCACAGUCUACAAUCAAGCUAGUGGCCACCAAUAUGAUUGCUAAUGGCAAACUGGCAGAGGGAGUCCAGUUGUUGUGUUUGAUUGACAAGGCAGCGGACGCCUGCCGCUACCUGCAGACCUACGGGGAGUGGAACCGAGCGGCGUGGCUCGCUAAGGUGCGCCUGAACCCAGCAGAAGGCUCCGACGUGCUGAAGCGCUGGGCAGAACACCUGUGCUCCCCUCAGGUCAACCAGAAAUCCAAAGCCAUCCUGGUGCUGCUGUCCCUGGGCUGCUUUUACAAAGUGGGAGAGAUGCUGCACAGUAUGAGGUACUUUGAUCGCGCCGCCCUCUUCAUUGAGGCUUGUUUGAAAUCUGGGGUAAUGGAGGCCAACGACUCUUCCAAUAAACUCAUCGAGGCUGCGUUUCUGGACUAUGCACGGCUGCUGCGUUCGCUGGGCCUGCGGGAGGGCGCCGCUCUGUGGGCGUCCCGGGCCGGCAGCGCUGGAGAGCAGCUGAUGGAGGAGCUCUUCCAGGGGGAAGGAGGCGUUCCCGAAGCUGUACUUGGCGAAGACGAGGUGGAAGUGGGACUGGAGAGCACAGAGUGAGCGGGUCUCUGUCAGAACUCUAUCAUUAUGAAUGAACUCUGGAUCGGCAUCCGGGAGAUUCAUGUGCAUCAUCUCUGCAUUGCUGAAGAGAAAAGAUGCGAGGUGUUUAUUCCUUGUGAGGUUUUUACUGGAAACUACCUGCGUCUGUGGCUGUGAUGAGGUUGAGGUGAUGUAAAUGGUCUGUGUGUGUGCGCGUCUGUGUUCAUGUGUAAAUGCAUGUAACGGCCCAAGAAGAAACACACUUUGUAUCCCCAUCACCUCUUUGUCACUCCAUGUUGCUUCCAUUUAAAUCCCUGAAUGUUUGUUUUACAAAUACCGUGCUGGUAUUGGUGAUUUCAGAGUAUUACUGUAGCUCUAUGGUGUCACUGGAAAAAAAAUUAUCUCUGUCCUUUUGAAAAUGUGUUGUAGUGGUGCUCCAUGGGUGACUUUCUUGAUUUAUGGAUUGCACUUUUAAUUUUACACCUAAGACUUUAUAAUUUGAUUGGAGAACUUGCUUUAACUGGCCAUGUGAUUAUGCACAAAUACACAAAAGCAACUUGUUUUUUGAGUCACUCAAUAAAACCUCCUAGCAUUUCCUGAUUUAUCAGUUUGAUAUGAGAACUGUCACCAUAGUGAUGACGUGAAUUAGACACAUGCUCUAUCUUAAUCCAUUCCAGUUAUCUUUUAGGAUCCUUUUGGCUGUUUCUAUGGAGACUUGUAACAGUUUGCCGUCUGUGUUUUUAAUGUUACGGUAAUGAAGUUUGCUACAAACAGAGCUAUCAAGCUGUUAAUCUGACCUCUGAAACAUAUAACCUGUCUGUGCUGCUCCCACAAUCAAAAAACCUGGCUUUCUGAAAUAAUCCCUUGCAUCCAUUCAUUCCCCUUAGACCGUUUAGAUUUUUGUCAUCUUACAACCACAAAAUUAAUUGCAGUUUAUUGGGAUUAUACAUCACAGAGUAACACAAAGUAGCACAUGAUUGUGAAAGGGAACAUUAAGCUCAGAGUCUCUCCACCCGCUAUGCAUAUCCUGAGUGAAGAUAUCCUGAACAGUUUUGUUAUCUAAAAUGCUCAAACUCAAUUAGAAGAGAAUAUCUGUAGACAUCUGUUUUCAAGUCUUUCAUAUAGGUUUACCUCUGGACUUUGACAGGACCAUUUUGACACAUGACUUGUUAGUGAUCACCAGCUAGAAGAGGGCACUCUUGUCUCUUAAAAUCAGUCAAACACCUCCAGCACUUUGUGAUAAUACCAGAAAGGUCUUUUCAAUACUAUUGCUGAUACUCUGUGAAUUCCAAGCUGAACUUCCACCCCAGUCCAAAACUUCGUGAAGUUUCUAAUAGGUUUUCUCCUUAUUUAUUCGACUCAAAUCAUCUGUGAUCAGCUUCCCACAGCAUGAUGCUGCCACCACCAGAUUUCACUGUGGGGUAGGUGUGUUCAGGGUGAAAUGCAGUAUGAGUUUUCUGCCUCACAAGUGACGUCUGAAGUCGACUGGUUCUGAUCUGUGCAAAUAUUUUUGCCCUCCACACAAUUAUGCACUAUUUACAUGCUAAUCUGUCAUAUAAAAUUCCAACCAAAUUUGUGGUUAUAAUACAACAACAAAAAUAGUAUAAGGGGUGGGAAUACUUAUGUAUUGCCACCCGUUCUUCGCUCUCCUGCCUGGUUCUUUACAUGCUAAACAUAUCCUGAAGAUCCAAACCAUCAGCGUAAUGUUGCAAAGAUUAUAGUGUUAGUGAUUUAAACAAACAAACAAACAAAAAACCAGAUCCUUACUUUUAGUAUUGAUGUGUUUCAUAAACACACCAGUGGUGUUUUAUGUAAUCUGUGCUAUUGUAAAAAACUGAAACACUGAUGCUAUGGUAACCACGUCUACUGACAGCUCCGCUAACAUACAUGGAGGACUCGCGAUUAGCUGUAGUGUAUCUUCCUCUGUGUGAAGGCAUCGUGGAGACGUGUACUGGUCUUCUUAUCCAUUUGACAACAUAUUUAACAAUAUUUUGCUGCUUUUCUUUAUAUGUACAAUGAAAUUAUACUGUUGAAAAUCCUGGCAUGUAGACAUGCCUUUAACUGUAUAUUUUCUAAGAAGAAAAAUCCUUAAUGUUUAUCUUUGUUUUCUUUGUCUAUUGUUAAAACCGUGAUUCUGAAACUUUAUGGCAAGAUAAAGAAUAUAUGUGCAUAUGAAUGGUAAUAAAACAUGUGUUCAAGGUU